UCUGAGACAGAUCCCUGCUGGAGUACAGAGACCAGGAAGAUGAUUGAGUCUCUGGGAAAACUGGCCUUUGAGCAGCUGAAGAAAGGAAACCUGAUCUUCUAUGAAUCAGACCUGACAGGGUGUGACAUCGAUAUCAGAUUAGCCUCAGUGUACUCAGGAGUGUUCACAGAGGUCUUCAAAGAGGAAAGAGGACUGUAUCAGGAUGAGGUGUUCUGCUUCAUCCAUCUGAGUGUCCAGGAGUUUGUGGCUGCUCUUCAUGUCCAUCAGACCUUCAUCAACACUGGAGUCAAUCUGCUGUCGGAAGAACAAACCACAUCCCAGAGGUCUGGAUCUGCACAGACACAGUUCUACCAGACCGCUGUGGACCAGGCCUUACAGAGUCCAAAUGGACACCUGGACCUGUUCCUCCGCUUCCUCCUGGGUCUGUCACUGCCAACCAAUCACAGACUCUUACAAGGUCUGAUGAAACAGACAGGAAGUAGCUCAGAGACCAAUCAAAAGACAGUUGAGUACAUCAAGAAGAAGAUCAAUGAUAAACUGUCUGUAGAGAAAAGCAUCAACCUGUUCCACUGUCUGAAUGAACUGGAGGAUGGAUCUCUGGUGGAUCAGAUCCAACAGUACCUGAAAGAUGGAAGUCUCUACACAGAUGUUCCAUCUCCUGCUCAGUGGUCAGCUCUGGUCUUCAUGUUACUGUCAUCAGAUAAAGAUCUAGAUGAGUUUGACCUGAACAAAUACUUUCCUACAGAGGUGGCUCUUUUGAAUUUGCUGCCAGUCGUCAAAGCCUCCAACAAAGCUGUAUUGCCUGUCUAUGACCUAUCAGAAAGAGGCUUUGAAGGUCUGUCCUCAGUUCUCAGAUCCCAGUCCUCUAGUCUAAGACAUCUAGACCUCAGUAUCAAGGACCUGGAGGAUUCAGGACUGAAGAUCCUGUCAGAUGGACUACGGAGUCCAGACUGUAAACUGGAGACUCUCAGGUUGAGUAUCUGUAACCUGUCAGAGAGAAGCUGUGAAGGUCUGUCCUCAGUUCUCAGAUCCCAGUACUCUAGUCUGACACAUCUGGACCUCAGUAACAACGACCUGAAGGAUUCAGGACUGAAGAUCCUGUCAGAUGGACUAAGGAGUCCAGACUGUAAACUGGAGACUCUCAGACUGUCAGGAUGUCUGAUCACAGAGGAAGGAUGUUCUUCUCUGGUCUCAGCCCUAAAGUCCAAUCCGUCCCAUCUCAGACUGCUAGACCUGAGCUACAACCAUCCAGGAGCCUCAGGACAGGAGCUGUCUGCUCUAGUGGAGGAUCCACACUGGACAGAAGAUGGUUACGAAGACAGUUAUGAAGAAGGUUAUGAAGACGGCGAUGAAGACGGUAAUGAAAACAGUUAUGAUGACGGUGAGGAAGAUAGUUAUGAAGACGGUGAGGAAGACGGUGAGGAAGAUGGUGAGGAAGACGGUUAUGAAGAUGGUGAGGAAGAAGUGAGGAAGACGGUGACAAAGAUGGUUAUGAAGACGGUGACGAAGAUGGUUAUGAAGACUGUUAUGAUGACUGUGAGGAAGAUGGUUAUGAUGACGGUAAGGAAGACGGUUAUGAAGAUGGUGACAAAGAAGGUGAGGAAGACAGUGACAAAGAUGCCACCGAAGACUGUGACGAAGGCGGCGCCUCUACAACAGCUCAUGUCCUAUGAUCAGAGGAGCUAA